AUGUCAAUUCAGUGGACUAUUGUUGCCGGUAUCCUUUAUACAGAAAUUGCUUUUGUCAUACUUCUUGUUUUACCGUGGAUACGACCAACAAUAUGGAAAAAAUUUUUUAACUCACGUUUUGUUACGGCCAUUUCACAUAAAUCGACAAUAGCAUCUUAUUCAACAAUUUUCGUCCUAACUCUCCUCUUCUUGGAUGCUGCACGUGAAUGCGCCAAAUAUUCAAAUACAGCUAUUGUCGAGAAUACUCUUAUAAAGGGUGCUGCAGAUGUUGACACAGCUCUUCAUAUGCGACUUUUUAGAUCACAAAGAAAUCUUUAUAUCUCCGGUUUUGCUUUACUUUUAUUCUUAGUUAUUAAUAGAAUUAUUGGAUUAUUAGUUAGAUCAGCUCAACUUCAAGCUAGUGCUGAAGCAGCUAUGAAACAAGCUGAAAGUGCUACAAAAACAGCCAAAACAUUAAUGGAAAGUGGAGAUAGUAAUGAAAGUGCUACUAAGAUUUUGGAAUUAGAAGAACAAUUGGAAAAAGUUAAAAAAGAUAGAGAUGCUAUGAAGGAACAGGCUGAAAAUCUUUCAAAAGAAUAUGAAAGAGUUUCUGAUCUCCUUUCAAAAGCUGAAAAUAAAGAAGUUGAUAAGAAAAAUGAUUAA